CAGAUGAGUCUAUGCUGGAGGAAUACCCUACGGACAAUGACCUGGACAGGUUACUACAGACGGCACAGAAGCGUUCUUCUCUGAUCUACCUUUACAGAAGGGCGUGUGUGAGGCGUGGAGGAAACUGCGACCAUAGACCCAACGACUGCUGCUACAACAGUUCCUGCCGCUGCAACCUCUGGGGUGCGAACUGUCGGUGUCAACGCAAGGGGCUGUUCCAGAAGUGGGGCAAGUAAACACCUUCUCCUCGCCACUCAACCACCCCUUCCCAUUCUGACGGAGCUGGACAGUAUUUAUAAAGUGGUUUUGUUUUAACUGUCUGUACUUGCAACUUAGAAUAUUAAAAAAUUGAAUAUUUGCCUUGGAGAGUGAAAAAUAGUAAAUUAAAAUCAAUUUAGUAUAUUUUCACCAUGCAUUCCUUACUAUCUUUCAGUGUAAUUCGUUGUUUUAGUAUCAUGUUACUAAUAUUAGGAAGCAUUUAAUCAAUUAAACAUUAACGUUUUAGUAAUCAAGUAGGUUGCUAACUUCCCAUAACUGACAGCACAAUUGAAUUAAUGAAUUAAAAAAAAAAUUUGAAGUAUUGUAAGAUUUCAUAAAAUUUACGUUGCUCUGUAUUGGUUAUAAGUAUUUUAACGUUUUGAUUCAUUUUAAUUGUAAAAUUAAAACAAAUUAUUAGUACUUUAUUUUUCUUCUCUUAUCCAAUAUUUAUGGAAGAGAAACUUCUAGCUAAUUUAUAAAUCAAGGGAUUAUUGAACAAUAAGUGUUUAAAAUAUAAAACUUGCAGAAUGACAAAAGAUGUUUUCUCUGUUUCUUUUCAAAACAAAAUACGGGUGUUUCAUAAAAUAAGCAACAUUUGCUCAUUGUAAAAUUUCAAAUGCUGUUUAAUGUAAACAUUAUAUGGUUAAAACUGCAGUGUUAUGACAUGUGGGCUGUAAAAUAGUAUAUUGUAUCCUCCCAAGUAUGAGGUUAGUGUUGUUCUUGUAUAUUAAGCAAAAAUAUUUAUAUAUAAAAUGUAAUCUUGAUAUUAUCCAUUAUAUACCUGCUGAUUAUAUCGUUGUAAACAAAACAACCCUACCUGUACAUUCCUAGCAAGGCAUGAAUAUGUGUUUCUAAAGCUUAUAAUACACACAAAAAGAAUUAUUAAACUAUCAAAAGUAUACAUUUAUAAAAAUUACCCAAUUGAAGAAAUUUUUUUUCAAUAAAUGAAUAAAACUUGUUAUGCGUACACAAAUUUUCUGUUCGUUUAUAUACAUAAUUUAAUAUCACAGGCACAGUGGAUACUCUUAAAGUAGUUUAAUGGUAUAAAAUACGAGAUAAUAAAUAGGUAUAACACAUUUUCGCUAGUUAUUUAUUUUAGAAAUAAUUAAAUGCAUAAAACAUAAAAAUAUUUACCCAAAAUUAUAGUUUGUUCACCCUUACUUUUCAAUAGGGAAAUGUGGGAUUUGAAAUGCAGCGGACUAUCUCGUCUUGGCUGCCAAAUGUAUUUAUUUUAAAGAUGACUCAAAUUUGGGUUUUAAUGAAAAGUAAACUAAAAAAAACUUCAUUACGAAUAUGAACAUUAAAGAAGAUUUUUAUAUGAUAAUGGAUAUCUAAUAAAUAUUUUGGUCACACAUGUAAUGGCAUUAAAAAACAUAAUACCGGUUCCAGUUAAAUGUUACGUUAUAUUUUAAUAAAACUAAAAAUUGUCAAUGUUUAAUACUUAUGAAAUAUUUAUCGUAGCUAAAAGAAGCUUUGUAAUGUCAAAUUAAUAAAAAUUACAAAUUUUCUUAACAAAAUGAUUUUAAAUUCACUUCGAAAGAGAUUUUUAGGGGGUUAACCUCUGAACGUGUGAUAAACGUUUACCUUGGCGUUGUAGUGUGGUCGAUCCCAACACCACACUAAAUGAUAGAAGUCUCAAAUGGAAAGUAAGGGCAUAGACUAUAACUUUCAUCAAUUAAUAAAUUAAUUAAUAGUUUAUAUUAAUGCAUUAUAAUAUUGGAGAUUUUAUAAUUUAUUGCGAAUUUAUCACACUAGCUUUCAAUUAAAUUAGACAUUGAGAUAAAAAAGAUUAUAAAUUGUGAAUUUGUCACUUAAAAUAAAAUGCAUACUAACACUAUAUUUACAUAUAACGUUUUAAAAUAAUGUCUGCAAUGAUUCCAAUACAUUUUUAAUUGUUAUUGUAAAUACCAUUAGUAAAAACGUUAUCUUCCUUCUUUAUAUUUCAUUCAGGAACUUGAAGCUGAUGAACUUUGUUUGUGAAACAGACAAUAUUUAAAGACUUUAUCGAUAUAUUUUGUUACAAUGUAAAGUAAAUAGUGUAAUGUAGAUUAUAUUUUGUAACUGAAAUUUUAGUAACAGUUUCUUAACCCAUGACUUUUCAGAACAUAUUUUAGAGCAAAAUAAGUAUUUAUGCUUACUUUACUUUUGAAGUUAAACUUUUGUAAACAUUUUCAGAGAUGGUAUGUCACCUUAUAUUUUAGACCAUCGUAAAUGUACAGAACCGUGAGUACACGCAUAAGUUGUAUCUUUAAAUAAACGUUGCACCGUUGAGAACAUCAUGAUGUUACAGGUGUGAUGUUAUUAAUUAUUACAAAAUCAUCUUUAAGGAAAGAUUUGUAAUUUAUAUUGAACACAAGUAUAUUCCAGGUCAAUCGAAGUUAAAUGGCCUAACAAAAUUAAUAAAAUAAGUGUAAGCAAAA